AUGACCCAGGCUCAACCCAUCCGCAAGGUCCUAAUCGCCAACCGUGGAGAGAUUGCAUGCAGAGUCAUCAAGACUUGCCGAAAGCUCGGUAUAUCCACCGUUGCCGUCUACUCCGAGAGGCAAAACUCCUUGGCCGUCAGGAUGGCCGACGAGUCGGUCUUCAUUGGACCUUCUCCUUCGUCCGAGUCCUACCUCUGUGGCGACAAGAUCAUCGAUGCCUGCAAGAUCACCGGUGCCGAUGCCGUCCACCCAGGUUACGGCUUCUUGUCCGAGAACACUGAUUUCGCCAGGGCCUGCACUGAUGCCGGUAUCAACUUUAUCGGACCUCAACCCGAGUCGAUUCUUGCCAUUGGAGACAAGAUCGCAUCGAAGAACUUGCUGUCUGCCAAGGAGCCCUCCAUUCCCCUCAUCCCUGGUUACAACGGGGCCGACCAAAAUAUCGAUAACUUGAUUCAGCAGGCUAUUAAGAUCGACUUCCCCGUCCUCUUGAAGGCUUCCGCUGGAGGUGGAGGAAAGGGCAUGCGUAUCGUCCACGAGGCAUCCGCAUUGAAGGACGAGAUCGAGAUGGCAAAGUCAGAGGCUCUCCGCUCCUUCGGAAGUGACAACCUCUUGAUCGAAAAGUACUUCUCCAACGCCCGCCACAUUGAGAUCCAAAUCAUGGGAGACAAGCACGGUAACGUUUAUCACUGCUUCGAGCGUGAGUGUAGUAUCCAGCGCAGACAUCAAAAGGUCAUCGAGGAGACCCCUUCGCCCAUGAUGGACGACAAGUUACGCCACGACAUGACCUCGGCUGCCAUCAAGAUCGGAAAGCUGUUGCGCUAUGAGGGUGCCGGAACCAUCGAGUUCAUCGUCGAUGAUGCCUCCCGCAAGUUCUACUUCUUGGAGAUGAACACUCGUCUCCAGGUCGAGCAUCCUGUUACCGAGUUGGUUACUGGCCUUGAUCUUGUCGAACUCCAGAUCCUUGUCGCCCAGGGCUUUGACCUUUCCAAGACUCAGCUCCCCAACCUCAAGUUGAACGGCUCGUCGAUUGAGUGUCGUUUGUACGCUGAGGAUCCCGAGAACGAUUUUUUGCCUUGCACUGGCAAGAUCAGACGCUGGAAGCAGAGCACGGCCGAUAACGUUCGUUACGACAGUGGUAUCGAGACUGGAUCGGAGAUCAGUAUCUUUUACGACCCCAUGAUCUCCAAGAUCUCUGUCUGGGCUCCCACUCGCGAUCAGGCUAUCCAGAAGAUGUCCUUGGCUCUCCGUGAGACUGUCGCCUUGGGUCUGACUACCAACCGCAAGUUCUUGAUCCAGGUCCUGCAGCACCCUCGUUUCCAGUCUGGUCGCCUCUCGACCCGGUUUAUUGACGAGGAGGCCAUCCACAAGAAGAACAACGCUCCUCAUCCUGACGAGGAUCGUUUGGCGAUCGUGCCCAUGCUCUGGGGUUGGCACUUGCGCGAGCAAGCCCGCACAGAGCUUAAGUACAUCCCAAGCGGAUGGAGAUAUGUCAAGCACAAGAAGCAGCAGGAUGGAUAUGCAGGCGAGGUUGCUGAGCGGACGAUUGAGCUCCAGUACGAACAUGUUGUCAAGCCUGGCGGAUGGGUACCCCCUAACCAGAAGUUGGCCGAGAAGAAGUUUGAUGUCCUGUACAGAGCAGUUGUUGCUGGCGAGGAGCCUGGUCCAUGGCGCAAUGCCAAGGUUGGUUUGGGCAAGGUCGCCGUCGAGGAGGAUGAUCUCGGCGAGCGCAGCGGAGUGCUUCGCUGCACCAUCGAUGGUGUUACGCGCGACUACAACAUUGCCAACGGCUCGAUCGAGGUCAACAAUACCGAGGUCUAUGUGCACACAAAGGAUUUCGGCGGCAAGCAGAUUCUGUUUGUUCGCAAGGACAAGUUGAAGAGCGCGGCCGAAGGAGAAGACGACGUCUUCUCGCCCUACACUGCACCCAUGCCCUGCAAAAUCCUCAAGAUCUUGGUCCCCUCGGGCACGGUUAUCAAGAAGAACCAGGCCAUCUUGACCAUGGAGUCGAUGAAGACUGAAGUCCGUCUAUAUGCCCGCCACGACGGUACCUUGAAGCUCAACGUUGGAGAGGGUGAUAUGAUCGAGGCAGGUACUACCCUUUGUGACGUCGAGUAA